AAAUUCGAUGUUAUAACACAGACAAAUCACAAAAAUAGUAAUUUACUCGUACAAGUUGAUCUGAGUUCAGGUAGCUGAAGUAGAGUAUAGGGGAAGUGAUAUAAGAAAAUGAGUAAUUCUGAUGAGAGUAAAACUUGUUAUAUUUAUGUGUUCAAUGCCGACCAUCCCCUCUUCCAUCCAUCAUGUUUUUAUAUGCCUACCAGACGAGAGCACUCAAUCUAUUUUGCUUUGCACUCACAUUACGUUACGCAUGGCUGAUGGGUCACCAUCACGAGCGCAGGCCGCAAGGUAGUGCAGCCAAAUCCACUGGCGAUGGUUAACACGUACUACUACAACAGUAUGAUACAGAAGAACACAAGCUCGAUCUGCUCAGCAGCUAACCUCAGUGUACUAAAACUGAAACUGAUCGAAGAAGGGAAAGGACAAUGAGGAGGCAUUUUCGUACAAGAAGCACAGGCAGAGCUGGUGCCAAGGCGCCAUUGCUGUUAUGGGCAACAUCGGCCGUCUGCUCUGCGCUUCUCGGCAUCCUGCUCGCUUCCAGAUCAUCGUUCUACUUCCAGCAGCCUGCUUCUUCUCCCUGCACCUCCUCCGGGUCGGGAGAAGAAGCGGAAGCGGAAGUGGGGCGGCACCACCACCGGCGCCGGGCGUGCGACGACCAGGCCAGGUGGGUCGCCAAGAUGGCGUCCCUGCACAACGCCAGCCUGGUCCUCACCGUCGACCGCACGGGCUGCGCCAACUUUACCAGCCUGCAGAAGGCCGUGGACGCCGUGCCCGACUACGCCGCGGCCCGCACGCUGAUCGCCGUCGACGCGGGCGUGUACGCGGAGAAGGUGGUGGUGUGGAGCAACAAGACGGGCGUCACGCUGCAGGGCCGCGGCAACCUCAACACGACCAUCGUCUGGAACGACACCGCCAACUCCACCGGCGGCACCUUCUACAGCGCCACCGUCGCCGUCCUCGCCGCCAACUUCGUGGCCUACAACGUCAGCGUCCAGAACACGGCUCGCCCCGCCGACCCGGGGGACGCGGGCGGCCAGGCGGUGGCGCUGCGCGUCCGGGGCGACCAGGCCGCCUUCUACUGGUGCGGCUUCUACAGCUCCCAGGACACGCUGCUGGACGAGCAGGGCCGCCACUUCUUCCGCGGCUGCUACGUCGAGGGCUCCAUCGACUUUAUCUUCGGCAACGCGCGCUCCCUCUACCUCGGCUGCACCAUCAGCUCCGUCGCCAACGCCGCCGCGAACGGCACCGUCACGGGGAGCGUCACGGCGCACGGGCGUGCGUCGCUCGCCGAGAGGACGGGCUUGGCGUUCGUGGACUGCAACGUCGUGGGCACGGGGCAGGUGUGGCUGGGUAGGGCGUGGGGCCCCUACGCUACCGUCGUCUUCGCCAGGACGUACCUCUCCGCCGUCGUCGCGCCCGCGGGAUGGAACGACUGGAACGACCCCGCCAGGCAGCAGUCCGUGUUCUUCGGCGAGUACGACUGCACGGGCCCCGGCGCCAGCGGUGGCACCGCGCAGAGGGUGGCGUACGCGAGGCAGUUGGACCAGCGCCAGGCCGCGCCAUUCAUGGACCUCUCCUACAUCAACGGAAACCAGUGGGCGCUUCCGCCGAUACUGGGCGCUGCCGGCGAGGACAUCAUAUCUGCCGAAUUCAGUCGUGGCCAGCCAGGACAGCACCAUGUAAAUCUAGUAUAACAUGUCAAUCAGUUUGCAAUCUGUAUGGAGUGGAGUCAGUCAACUAUGAGUAUGAGCAAGGAAGGAGGAAAGGCCACUGCUCAGUCGCGUCUCCCAACGCCAGGGUUCCGCCACCGCCGACCUCACCACCCGCAAACCGAUCAACGGCCGCCGCAUCCGCGUUACUGCCGAACACAAACUCGCCCCCGCCAGUGGCCGCCCCAUCAUCAAUUGAUUCGUCCUUGAUGGUGACGCGCUCACCAGCACUGUGCCUUGGCACCCAGUGCUGCUGCUCCAUGUUCCAUGGUGGCGGCGACGAGGAGGUCGAUCCCGGCGAUUUGAGGACGGGGCUGCCCGGCUGCAGCUGGUAGGCGUGGAGGAAACCGUCGCUGGCCGUGCCGGUGCCGGUGCCGGUGCCGCCGCCAGAGCAGUGCGCCUGCUGGUCUGCCGCAGCGGAAGACCAUAGGAACUGGGCGAAGGGGACCUCCGGCGACGACGGCGUGGUGGCCAGCAGUUGGAGGCUGGACUCCGGCGGGGGCGUGAGUGGCGCGGUGGACGGCUCGGUGAGGCCCGCGGACGCGGAAAAGGCCGGCGGCGACACCAGCUGCUGCGGCUCCCUGGCGUAUGGGCCGAUGGCGAAGAUGGAGGCCGUGGGCGAGCUGUAGCUGCUGGCGUUGGCGUUGAGGAGCACCACGGGCGACGGCGACUCCGAGGUGAGCACGGACGUGGCGGGCGACGGCGGCGGCGCCACGAAGGCCAGCGUAGGUUGGGGCGCGUGGCGCGCAUAGUUGUAGCUGCCCGGCGCCUGCUCGGCGCAUGGUGCGCCCGGCGGCUCCGGCGACCGCGACGCGUCGGCGAUGCGCUGGGGGUGGCCGUGCGGCCGGAACGACUUGAGCUUGGCCUUCAGACGCGACCACCAUCUCGUCUUCUUCUGCAUGACAUCCCAAGACCCAAAGCAUGAAGGCAAGGCAGGCAAACAACACCAUCAGAGUUUAGAACACACCAUGGAUCAGCUCAGCUAUGCUACUAGCUUGUUGAAUCAGAAAACAAUACUUGAUAUGAUUUGCGGAACUCGAUUGAUGCAUCAGAAAUUCUGAAAGAAAGCCGCAGGUACUAGAUACCUCAGUGACGCAGUUGGCGUGGUCGUGGUCGUGGUCGUCGAGCUGCUGGAGGUGCCGCUGGAGGCCUGUGCUGGUGGAUCUCGCGGCGGCGGCCAAGACGAUGGCUGCGGCGUGCAC